GCUGCCCUUUUGCAUGCAAAUAUUCCAAGAGAAAACCUAAUCCCUUUUUGUCUCUGUCCAUACUCAAACCUUUCUUUGAAUGGUCGAAACAGCCGACGCUUUGAUGCACUUUCUUCUUACUCUACUUUCUCAUCACAACCCAAUAGAGCGUCUCCUUCACGCUCUCUCCUCCUUUGGCUCCUCCAAACAAGCCUGGUACUACCGUUGCCUUGGCCUUGACCCCUGACUUGCUAACUAGCUAGCUAUCCUUCUUUUGCCUCUUUUGGUAGCUAAAUAUAUAAAUCAAUCGAGAAAUUAUCUUUUCUCAAAGACCCAACUUGAAACAUUGGAGAAGAUGAUGAAGAGAAGCGUGAGUGAGAAAUUGAUGUUGCACAGGCAAAUUAAGAAGAAGGGUGAUGAAAGGAAGAAGAGGUUUUUGAUAACUAUCAAUGUUAUUGGGAGUGCAGGGCCGAUAAGGUUUUUGGUGAAUGAAGAUGAUCUUGUUUCUGGGGUUAUUGACACUACUUUGAAGACUUAUUCUCGAGAAGGUCGCCUUCCUGUUCUUGGAUUUGAUGUCAACAGCUUCCUUCUCUACUCUGCAAAUACUGGUUCUGAUGCACUGAACCCUCAGGAGCCAAUAGGAAGAUGUGGAGGAGGAAGGAACUUUGUGCUGUGCAAGAAGCAAAGGCAACCACAGAUGACAGAAGGGAGGUCUGAAAUGAUCGCACACAAAGCAUCUGGUUGGAAGGCCUGGCUCAACAAGUCCUUUAGUUUGAAGAUCUUGUCUCACUGCAGACAUCCUUUUUCAUGAGAUCAUCCAUCUUUGUUUUUGUUAUAUAUUCUCAAUUUCAGUACAAA